UGCUGGGGGGGGAGGGACAGAGCUCACCUCCUCAUGCCCCGCCGAGCCUUCCUGUCCCAGGAAGAGAGGCAGGCGAGAGCCAGAGAGCGGGACCGGCUCAAAAAGCGUCGCAAGCGGGAGGACGGCCUGAAGAGGACCCUGGAACGGCAGAGGAAUGCGGAGGCCAUGAAGCGCCGGCGGGAAGAUGAGAAGGAAAGGGAGAAGGAGCGCAGGAAGGACCGAGAGGCCAAAAGGAGGCGCAGGGAGAACCUGGAGGAGAGGGAGCGGGAGCGGGAGAAAGACCGGGAAGCCAAGAAGAGGAGGCGGAGGGAGAAGAAGGAGAGGGAGAAGGCGCUCUACGAGGAUGUGGCUGCUCUGAUGCAGCUCUGGGGCAGGGAGGAGGAUGAGAACGACGAGGAGGAGGACCGCGAGGAGGAGGAGGAGAGGGAAGACGAAGGGGACGAGGAGGAGGAAGAUGAGGAGGAGGAAGAUGAGGAGAGGGAAGAAAGGGAGAGGAGAGACAAAGAGUCCACGUCUGUGGUCCUGGGGACCCCGGCUUCACUGAUCUGGGGUACGGGGAGCAGCCAGGUACCCCAGAGCAAAUAUGCGGAACUGCUGGCUAUCAUCGAAGAGCUGGGGAAAGAGAUCCGACCCACCUACGCAGGGAGCAAAAGCGCCAUGGAGAGGCUAAAGCGAGGGAUCAUUCACGCUCGAGGAUUGGUCCGGGAAUGCCUGGCAGAGACCGAACGAAAUGCAAGAUCCUAGCCCCCCACUUCACUUCCAAAGUUUUCCAUUUCUUUGUGAAGAAGAAAGAAUAACACUUAUUCCUCUGGUGACUUUCAAAACAUUCAUAUCAAUCCCUUAUUUUGAAUGGUCUAAAAGUUUGGGUUCUUUCCCCUUUUCUUGCUCCCAUCCCCAUCACAGUCUUAUGAGUAGAAGAAAGGCAAUUUUGCAGUUUGCAUUAUAAGUAGUUAGGAACAAUCUAGGUCAUUUUUUUUAAUUUUAAAAGCAUCCAGUCCAGAAACUGCAUGUAGAAGGUUCUGCUUACAUUGCUGCCAACUAUAGUUUACUGCCCUGCUAACCUGCCCCCAUCUAUGAUUUUCUUGCUUUGACUACACUUAAAACCACCCAAGUUGUUGAUUGUUGUUCUUUGCACCUUUUCCAGAAUCUCCAAUAACGCUUAAGGAUUUUUUUUUUCCAUGAAUCGGUGCCAACUGCAUGUUCUGCCCGGCAGUUGGGGAUCUUCCAUUUAGGGCUACGUGAUAAGAGACCCUGCUUUAAAAAAAUAUUUUUUUUUUUUGGUGUGUGAGCAUUUGCAUGAUUGUUCGUGCUUUGAGGUCAAUUUAAAAUGCAUGAGUUAUAAAUACAAAGGACUGAUCAGCCUACUAAAAAAUUAAGAACCCAGAUAGUUACUUUUCAGAUGAAGACUGUAGAUUUCAGGUCUUGAGUUUGCCAUAGAAGGAUUAAAAAAAAAAUCUGGAUAAAUGACUAAAACCGUUACGUGCAUCUUUGUAUGUAUUUAUUACUUGAUGUAAUAAAGCUUAUUUUCAUUAACAAUUUGUAUCAAAA